AGGGAGCUCGGAGACAGCGACCGCGCCGUGAAGACGGAAACGGCUCAGGCAGAUUGUUCUGGAAGGGCGGCCCUGGGCGUCUGCCCGCCGCUAGACAAUGACUGCGGCGAUCAGCAGCUUCGCCCCCACCUUCCUGAGGACUCCGCAGGGUGAAAGGCCGAGGAAAUGGAGUCCUCCCAGCUCAGACUAACAGAAGCCCGGGGAUUGGAAAGUGGAGGAAUUCUUCCAAUGAGAGCACACAGGCGCCAGUUACGUCACUGGAGCGUCAGCCAAUGGCUUUAUCGCGCGGGAUGUUUUUGAACCAGAGAGCCCAAUCCGACCGUUUCUCAGCGUAUAUAAAGGGGAAAUUGGAUGACCCUGUACGCCAUUUUGGUGACUGACCUGGUACAGCUUGCAGAUGGCUCGCACGAAGCAGACGGCGCGCAAGUCGACGGGCGGCAAGGCGCCGCGCAAGCAGCUGGCCACCAAGGCGGCCCGCAAGAGCGCGCCGGCCACGGGCGGCGUGAAGAAGCCGCACCGCUACCGGCCCGGCACGGUGGCGCUGCGCGAGAUCCGGCGCUACCAGAAGUCCACCGAGCUGCUGAUCCGCAAGCUGCCGUUCCAGCGCCUGGUGCGCGAGAUCGCGCAGGACUUCAAGACGGACCUGCGCUUCCAGAGCUCGGCCGUCAUGGCGCUGCAGGAGGCGUGCGAGGCCUACCUCGUGGGGCUCUUCGAGGACACCAACCUGUGCGCCAUCCACGCCAAGCGCGUCACCAUCAUGCCCAAGGACAUCCAGCUCGCGCGCCGCAUCCGCGGGGAGCGGGCCUAAGUGUCCCGCUCGCCUCAGCUCCAACCCCCCCAUCAAAGGCUCUUCUAAGAGCCACCACGUUGUCUCGGAAGCAGCUGUACUCGCUAAGCUCUCCGUGGCGCGCUAGUCAGCGCCUCACUUUGUCCCCAUAUGUCUUACCUGGAGUGCUUUGGCGGGGAGGUCGUUUGUGUGAGUCUCAACCUUGGUGUUAUCUUGGGUCAGACUGCUUGUUUCUUGGGUACAAUUCAAGCUCUCCAGCUUCGUCUUGUUUCAGAAAGUUGGCAGACAAUGUGUGUUCUAAUUCGUAAGUCUACUGUAUUUUCAGCCCCCGUGCCCACCCCAUCGGAUUUCCCCACUGACAGAUGGUUUUGACAGCUGGAGAUGAUGAUGAUCAAAGGGGCUCAGCAGUUGGAAGUUAAUUUGGGGCCAGCAGUUGCUUGCUCGAUUAGAGAGAGUCAAGGUCAAAUACACAUCCACCCAGAACAUUCU